GGCCCCACCCCGAGGCAGGCCGGCGGGCAGGUUCGGCGCGUCCCUUCCGUCCGGCCCGCGCCGGCGGCGGGGAGGCGGCUCGCGCGGCCCGCAGCCCGCCCAUGGAGGCUUUCCCAUGGGCGCCCCGCUCGCCCCGCCGCGGCCGUGCCCCCCCGCCCAUGGCGCUCGUGCCCAGCGCCCGCUACGUGAGCUCCCAGCGCCCGGUGCACCCGCAGCCCUUCAGCUCGUGGAAUGACUACCUGGGGCUCGCCACGCUCAUCACCAAGGCGGUGGACGGUGAGCCGCGCUUCGGCUGCGCCCGCGGCGGGGACGGCGGCGGCGACGGCUCCCCGCCCUCCUCUUCUUCCUCGUCGUGCUGCUCCCCCCACGCUGGGGCCGGGCCCGGGACACUGGGGCCCGCGCUGGGGCCGCCCGACUACGACGAGGACGACGACGAGGACAGCGACGAGCCGGGAUCCCGGGGCCGCUACCUGGGGGGCGCGCUGGAGCUGCGCACGCUGGAGCUGUGCGCGGACCCCGCCGAGGCCGGGCUGCUGGAGGAGCGUUUCGCCGAGCUGAGCCCGUUCGCUGGUCGCGCCGCCGCCGUGCUGCUGGGCUGCGCCCCCGCCGCUGCUGCCACCGCCGAAGUGGCGCCGCGCGAGGAGCGGGCCGCGGCGUGGGCGGCUGAGCCCAGGCUGCAUGCCGCCUCCGGGGCGGCCGCCGCCCGGCUGCUCAAGCCCGAGCUGCAGGUGUGCGUGUUCUGCCGGAACAACAAGGAGGCGGUGGCGCUCUACACCACCCACAUCCUGAAGGGACCCGACGGGCGAGUGCUGUGCCCCGUGCUGCGCCGCUACACUUGCCCCCUGUGCGGCGCCAGCGGUGACAAUGCACACACCAUCAAGUACUGCCCGCUCUCCAAAGUGCCGCCGCCGCCCUCCGCCCGCCCGCCGCCGCGCAGCGCCAGGGACGGCCUGUCCAGUAAGAAGCUGCGUUGAGGACCCUGGCUCCGGUCUGCUGCUGCCAUCUGACGCCACCAGGGUCGCCGCCUGCCCACUCUCGUAUUUGGUUUGCGCACUCUUUCUCCCUUGCUGCUGGGGAGCAUGGAGCUCAGCAGUUGGCUCAACUUGAGAUGUCUUGGUUUUCUCAAAGGAAGCCGACGGUACUAUUUUCCUGUCGAAGAGCGGUUGAGAGUAGACGCUAAAGUCUUGACUUAUCUCUAGUUUGUGCACAUCCAGACGGUGAAGGCUGGGUAUUCCGCUAACUGAAAUGUGGCAACUUAGAGGCGCUGUUUAUUUAUACGUCGACCUAUUUUAGAUGCGCAUCAGUAUGAAAUUGUCUCAAUCUAAUCUUGGAUGUUUAAUUUUAUGAAUGGAGGCACUUUACUAGGUCUAGAAUAUUUUUUUAAAAGCCUCUUAACUGAACUGGCCAUUUUAUGGAAUGUCAGCAAAAUGACUUUUAUUGUUUGAAACAAGUAAUAUUUCUGUUGUCCUUAAUCAGUUAUUAUAAUUCCAGGCGAAGCAAGCCCCCCUGCCUGGUAGUAUCAUUAAGUGAAGGCUUAGUAAACUUUCCAGUAUUAGUUUGGGUGGCUGUUCCCUCCUUGUGGCUUGUUUUUGUCCUAGCUGGAUGUAGCAGGUAGAAUACAGCUCCUUAUCCUUUUAUGUACCAGAUCUUUUAUUACUGAACGAGCAACUAGCGUUUUACACCUUUAAAAGUCGUGCCAAGUUAUAAUGUUGUGUACACACUUUAAAAUGGUGCUGUUUAAAAAAAACUUGUGCAUUUAUACAGUAACAGUAUGUUAAUUCAUUAAUGUUGCCUUUAACUCUGGUACUUGGCCUUUUGUCUAUGCCCCCCCCACCCCGUUCCAGUUUUUCAAAACAUUUGACAUCCUUCAGAUCAAAAGGGAGUAGUGUUAAUUCACUUGUCUGAAUUGCUCAAUUCAGGGUUCCUAAAUAGUAGAAAGCUCAUUCCAGCUGUUGCCUCUCAAACUAAAUGUAAGAUGGAAACCUUUGAGCUCUGGAAGGUCAAUGUAAUAACCUGGGUUCAGGAAGGUUCCACUCUGGGCUAUGUUGGCUUGAAGCAUCACAGGCAGUCCUCUCAAACUGGUAUAAGCACUAAUUAAAGGAACUAUUGGGGGUGGCGGGGGAGACAAAGAACACAGCCUCUCGUGUUCGCAUUCUCACUGGAAGAUUACCCUUCUGUUUCUGGAAUCCCACCAGUUAUCCAUAAGUGAGAUUACAUCUAAUCCUUAGCAAAGGUGCUUGACUCCUACUUUAACCUCCCACCCUCAUUUUCAAAUCCACUGUAGUGAGUACCACACCGUAUCUACCAUCAGGACAUAGAAGGCAAGAAUGGAAAUAAGAUGAAGUCAUGUGAAAUGUAUAAAAUCACUAUCUGAAAAUACUCAGAAGAGAGUUAGUCUAUAGAGGUUCCAGGAGAGCUUAGCUAGGUUAUUAAAAAUUAGACUGCUUUCAUGGUAAACAACUAACUUCCUCCGCAGCAAAUUUGCCUGAUUUGAACAUCCUUUGAAGCUGCUGUCAAUAACACGGGAUAGCUAUGAGCAUUUAUUGGUCAAAGGAAAGUGCAUAGGUGGGGGAUGGACGGGACGAUUUCUUGGUCAGGAAAAAAUAAUCCACUUGACUAGGCCUAAACUCAAGUAGUUUAAUAAAACCAUGAAAUCAACUUAUUUUCUUCAGUUUUGCCAGAAAACAUACCAGUUUAAAUUAGACUUGCUUUUUAAGUUUUCAGGUCAACAUGAACUCCUGUUACCUCUUGCCACUGCUCAAUUGUACCUUUUCAAGAGUCUGAGGGGUGCAUUCUCCAGACCAGAAGAUAUGGUUAAGGUGACUUAUAACCAUAUCAGCCCCCCAAAUUUGCCUGUUCUCCAGCUAACUUUAACUCCCAGUAUUUUAAGCAUGAACAGGGAAUAUCAGUUUUGUAGAGAUCUCUUGUGAAAAGUUUACUAACCACGCUAAUACAUUGAAAAGCAACUCUCAAUCUGAAACAUGUUUUAAACACUUGAAAAGCUAAAUUUAGGGUAAAAGAAACCCAAUUUUUUGAAGUGUUAGAAAGUAUCCACAAUAGUGUGAUGAAAUUAACUUGUUUUCAUAAGAACAGACUGCAUUA